AUAUUCAUCUAUAAAUGAUUAUUAAAAUCAUGUGCAUAAAGAAGUGAAGAGGGCCUAGGGUGGAGUCUUGAAUACUUACUGAGCAGAUUAGGGGAAGAUGAAUCUGCAAAGAAGAUCCAGGAGGAGUGUCCAGAAAGGGAGGAAAACCAAAGGAAAAGAUGCUGGAGCCACAGGAGAAUGGCUUGAUUGACCUACCAGAUUAUGAGCAUGUAGAAGAUGAAACUUUUCCUCCUUUUCCACCUCCAGCCUCUCCACAGAGAGAAGAUGGUGAAGGAGCUGAACCUGAUGAAGAGUCAGGGAGAGGAGCACCUGUUCCUGUACCUCCAAAGAGAACAGUUAAACGGAAUAUACCCAAGCUGGAUGCUCAGAGAUUAAUUUCAGAGAGAGGGCUUCCAGCAUUAAGGCAUGUGUUUGAUAAGGCAAAAUUCAAAGGUAAAGGUCAUGAGGCUGAAGACUUGAAAACGCUAAUCAGACACAUGGAGCAUUGGGCACAUAGGCUAUUCCCUAAACUGCAAUUUGAGGAUUUUAUUGACAGAGUUGAAUACCUGGGAAGUAAAAAGGAAGUUCAGACCUGUUUAAAACGAAUUCGACUUGACCUGCCUGUUUUACAUGAAGAUUUUAUUAGCAAUAAUGAUGAAGGAGAAAAUCAUGGCCAUGAUGUAACUGCUACCCAAUCAGAUCCCUUUUUGACAAACUCAUUGGAAAGUGAGAAUUUUGCUUCUGAGUCAGGUAGAAGCCUAACAGAAGAACAACAACAGAGAAUUGAGAGAAAUAAACAACUGGCCUUGGAAAGAAGGCAGGCCAAGCUGAAUAACAGUCAGUCCCUCGGAAAUGACUUGUUAAUAAAUACACCCAGGGCACAGACCAUUGAAGAGGUUAAUACAGGUGAGGAUCAAGAGGAGGAGUCAUUAGAUGGAUUUAACAAAGACAUUCUAGACCAUCCACAUAAUAAUGCUGCUGCCAAUGCUGUAAAUGAGGAGGAGCAAUUAAAAAUAGAGAACACACAACUGGACCAAUCCUUUUAAAAAUGUACAGUAGUAACUUUAUGCUUUAUCCAGAAAUGUUACUGAGGUUGGAUAGGCAUCAACUAAGAAAAUCCAUUAACCUGCUGUCCUCUAAGUUUUAGAUUAGUAUGUAUUUUGUCUGCUUGGAGUGAAAAUCCUUAUGUAGUAAGACUUUCACAGAUUCCGGUUUAAAAUAUGGUAUUAUUUAUACUUGUUUCUUAUUAACUUUAGUUGAGCCUGUUUAUUCUCUUUAGUGUUUAUUUUUAUAUAGAUAUAACUUUAUAAAAAUGAUUAGUAGUUACAAGCACCUUCUGCUGCUAGUGUGCUACUGAAUGUCUUGUUUUCACUAAAUUGGGGGUUUUGAGAUGUAAAUAUGUAAUGAUUAUUAAUGUCUUUUUUUAAAAGAAAUAAAAAUCAUAAACUAUC